AUGCCAAUGCCAAUGCCACCCCACUUCACCGCCCUCUCCAGGCUCUCCCUCCCUCUUGCGCUCCUCACACUCACCACGCCAAUCCUGUCGCAAACCACGAACGAGAAUCAGAUUACUUGGGCGGCAGUGACUUAUACGUAUCAUGGGGAGAAAACACCGGAUUUCCAUACCAGUGCGAGGAGUGUUGAUUUAACGCCUCUUGGCGCGGAACAGCUCUUCCUCGCCGGCUCCGGAAUCCGUAACCGCUACAUCGUCCCUACGAAUAUCUCACAAGAUACGGUCCCAAUCAAUGGACUUAGUAAGAAUGAUCUGGAUAACUCUCAACUGGAUGUGAUGACGACGGAUGAGCCGUAUUUGGCGGCGAGUGCGCUGGCAUUCAUGCAGGGUCUAUAUCCCCCGUUUGAUACGAUUUCGAGUGAUGAGGAGGCGGCGAGAGGGGAUGGAGGGACGUAUGAAUUCCCCUUAAACGGAUAUCAAUACCCCAGAGUUGCCACAUUGAGCGAAUUGGAUUUCAACCAUAUCUGGAUUGCUGGACAAACCGAUUGUAAACAAUACUCGAAUGCGCAAGCGAAAGCUGUCAACACUCCAGCUUAUGUGAAGAAAAUUGAGGAUACUCAGACAUACUACGCCUCCCUCUCCAACACCGUAUUCCACUCCCUCGACAGCAGCACCCUCAACUAUGGCAACGCACUCACUAUCUACGAAAGCGCCCUCUACCAAUACCGGCACAAUAGCACCAUCUUCAACUCCCCCGACUUCACAACCAACGACCUCGCCACCCUCCGAAACCUAGCCUCCGAACAACAAUGGACAUUCAACACCCCCAACGGCACAAACACCAUCAACGCCAUCGCAGGCCGCACCUUCGCCGCAAAAGUAAUCCAAAAACUAAGCGACAACAUCGCCUCCUCGGGCGCCAUGUCAAAACUCACCGUCUACAUCGGCUCCCACGAACCCUUCCUCGCAUUCUUCGCCCUCGCCAACCUCGCCACCGGCCCCUCAGCACCACAAUUCAACACCCUUCCCGACCACGGCUCAACCAUGACAUUCGAGCUAUUUUCUAUCCCUCCAGCAGACGCCGAGCAGCAAAGUACCAGCGACAUGCCCAUGCCGUACCAAGACUCGCUGUUCGUCCGCUUCCUCUUCCGCAAUGGAUCAGAGCCCGGAGCCGAUCUGCGAGCCUACACGCUCUUCGGACGAGGCAACGCAGAGACUGUUAUCCCGUGGGAGGAUUUCAAGAAAGCGAUGGUGGCGUUUGCGUUGACUGAUAUACUGGACUGGUGUCGUGUCUGUGAGACGAAGACGCUGUUCUGCACGGCGUUUGAAGACAUCUCUUCUUCGGAUGAUGGAGAUGCCAGCGAUGGCUCUUCUUCUGAUGGGCUUGUUUCGGGAGGAGCAGGAAAUACUGGUGCUGGGGGCGUGAGUCCCACUAUUGGAGGCGUGAUUGGUGCGACUGUUGCGGUGGCGGCGUUUAUUUUCCUUGUUGCUGGAUUGCUUCUCGCGGGGUUUAGACUUGAGAAGAGGAAGAAGGGAGGGAACAGGGUCUUUCCGGAUUUGGGCGAUAUCAGCGUGCUUAAACGCAGCGGGAGCGGUAACGCAGGUGGUGGUGCGAAUGGUGGAUUCAAAGGAGCGGAUAAGUUGAGCUCGGAUGCGGACCUGGCGUUUACGCCUGGGAAGGGUGGUGCGGGCGCGACGGUUGUGAGGCAUGAGAGGGUGGGGAGUUGGGAGUUGGGGGAGAGUCCGAAUGGAGAGUCGAGGAAGCAGGGGAGUCUGGAUAAGGAGAUUGAGAGUGGGAGGGUGGUGAGUGGUGUUGAUUAUAGUAGGAGGAGUAGGGAGUUGGAGAGGGAGGAUCCCUUUGUGGAUCCGGUGAGGCCGGUUGAUCAGGUUUGA